AUGGAGGUGGAAAAUCAGACUCGAGUUACCAGGUUUAUCCUGGUGGGGUUCCCCGGGAGUUUGGGCAUGCGUACUGCAGUAUUCCUCAUGUUCCUGGUGUCCUAUGUGCUGACAGUGACUGAAAAUGUGAUCAUCAUCCUUCUUGUCCAGCAGAAUCGGACACUGCACAAGCCCAUGUACUUCUUUCUGGCCAACCUGUCAUUUCUGGAGACCUGGUACAUCUCAGUGACUGUGCCCAAGCUGCUGUUCAGCUUUUGGUCUAUGAACAACAGCAUUUCCUUCACUCACUGCAUGGCACAGCUUUACUUCUUCAUUGCACUCAUGUGCACAGAAUGUGUGCUCCUGGCUGCCAUGGCCUACGACCGUUAUGUGGCCAUCUGCCGUCCACUCCACUAUCCCACCAUCAUGAGCCACAGGCUCUGUUUCCAUUUGGCUUUUGGUUCCUGGGGCAUCGGCUUUGGCAUCUCUCUGGCAAAGAUCUUCUUCAUCUCCCGUCUCUCCUUCUGCGGGCCCAAUGUCAUCAAUCACUUCUUCUGUGACAUCUCCCCAGUACUCAACCUCUCCUGCACAGACAUGUCCCUAGCUGAGCUGGUAGACUUUGUCCUGGCCCUAAUCAUCUUCCUCUGCCCACUCUCAAUCACAGUGCUGUCCUAUGGGUGCAUCCUUGCCACUGUGUUACGCAUGCCCACAGGAAAGCAGAAAGCUUUCUCCACGUGUGCUUCCCACCUGGUGGUGGUUACCAUCUUCUACUCUGCCACGAUUUUCAUGUAUGCCCGGCCCCGAGCAAUCCAUGCCUUCAAUAUGAACAAAAUUAUCUCCAUCUUCUAUGCCAUUGUCACCCCCGCUCUCAACCCUUUCAUUUACUGCCUCAGGAAUCGGGAAGUGAAAGAAGCUCUGAAGAAAUUGUGCUGUUACCAGGCAACUGGGUCUGACUAG